AUGGCUCACCGUAUAUACUUUAAGGGUGCCCGGACCGCUCGCUACUCCGUACAUGCCCACCCAGCAAAGAUUGGGGUGGAGGCCUUACUAGCGCCGCGGCCCAUCUUUUCCAGUCAUCUGUGUAUCGUAGCAGUCGUCUUCUGCUCUGACAGACAAUACAGAAUCUGUUUGGGGGCUCAAAAAGGUGAUGCACGCUGUACUGGAACAAGGAGGGAGGGAGGCAUGGCAUGGCAGGACAAGGUAAGGCAGGCAAUGCAUACUACGCAACUACGGUACGACUUGGUAACAGGAAUGACAAGGGGAGCUGAGUAG